AGAUACGACAUUUGCCGACGAAUGUCAAGUGGAGGAGAAUCGUCAAAACUUCGCCGAGCACAGCGCUUCGAGCAACCAUAGAACGAACUGUCAGAGAAAUCCAAUUCAGUGUUUUAUAUUUUCGUUAUCGGCGAGUUGCGGAAAUUUCUUUAGAUUAUUCUAGAUUUUGUAGUUUCUCGUUGUGCAAAUAAUCGAUGCUUGCCCGUUAGAUUUCCAAACUCGCCAAGUUUCAGGAUUGAGUGUUUGUUGUGUUUUUGUGAUUAAUCGAAAGAACUUGGCAUUUCAGUGAGUGUUCGUCUGUCGCCGUAAUCGUGGUCUGUUUCCCAUCUAGAACUUCACAAUAAUAUUACAAUGCUGUUUUUAUUAUUGCCGUCUUGCGUGCGUCGUUGAGCGAAGUAAACAGUUUUUCGAGGCCGACCUUCAGCGUUCGCCAAAAAACCUUUGCAGCCGCCACAGUCGCCGCCGCCGCCUCGAACAAAGAAGCAAUUCGACCCGGGCAAGAUGGAUAUCGUGGGGCUGAUCCGAUCGUCAUAUAGGGACUAUGGCACUGUCAUAUCAGAUGCCUGGAUCCAGUAUAUCUCGUCAGGAUUUAAGGAAGGCGCACUAUGGUCAAUGACAAUCGCAAUUCUGAUAAUAAUAAUCAUUUCAACUUUAUACGGAUGGCGUCGCUGGAACGAACGAGUUCUUCGAACAUCUAUGUUGCUUGUGGAUAGAUCAGCGGCAGAUUCAGCUCGCCUUCGAUUUCGCAAACGCGAUAAAAUGCUUUUCUACGGUCGACGUAUGCUUCGUAAAGUGAAAACUGUAUCGGGGCAGGUAUAUGGUGGUCAAGGACGCAAAAGGAAAGCAGUUAUGCGUUUUGCUAAGAAAAUUUUACAAUUGCGUAAAGAUACAAUUCCCAUGCAAUUGAAAACAGUCGAACCACCUGCUGAAUACCUCGAGGAGACUGUCGAAGGAAGCGAUCGUGUGCCUCCCGACGCACUGUAUAUGUUACAGGGAAUACGCAUAUUUGGACAUUUCGAAAAACCCAUAUUUUUAAGACUGUGUAAACAUACGGAAGUUAUAAAUUUAGAAGCUAAUCAAUUUUUAUUUAAAAUUAACGAUCCCGAUGACAGUUUAUUUAUUGUCCAGUCAGGUGUGAUUAACGUUUUUAUAAGCAAUGCAGAUGGGAGCACGUUAUCUUUGAAAACCGUAAAGAAAGGUGAAACUGUGACAUCACUUCUCAGCUUUAUUGAUGUUUUAUCGGGUAACCCAAGUUUUUAUAAAACCGUGACUGCCAAAGCCAUCGAAGACUCCCAAGUUAUCCGUUUACCGAUGAAUGCAUUCAAACCUGUAUUUGAUGAAAAUCCGGAUAUAAUGAUUCGUGUUCUUCAAGUCAUAAUGGUUCGCCUACAACGUGUGACCCUAACAGCUCUUAGAAACUAUUUAGGACUACAUUCCGAACUGUUUCAAAGUGGCUAUCGCCAGAAAAAGAUGCAGCCUACAAAUACCAAAAUAUCUCCUAGUCAUAGAAAAGGCCAACCAGAUAUCAAUGUUCCACACUCAUUAGCGGAUGCAGUUCGUCCUGAUAUGCUAGCCGACCUUUCAGAACAUGCACCACCUUCAAUCGCCUCUCUAUCUACCCGAAAGCAAUCAAUAAAUACUCUCGAUCAAAUCGAUACGAAACUUAUUUUCAGCUCAGCAAUUGAGAGUUUACUCAAAGAAUUGGGAUUAGACGACAGCGAUAGAUACUUACUGGACGAAAAUGUGGAAAUUGCAGAAUUCGAGCCAGGCGUUACACUUAUUGCAGAAGGAAAUUCUGAGGACGUAUGCCUGUAUUAUGUGCUAUCUGGGAGUUUAUCUGUACUCCAACAUACGGGCGAAAUCCCUGGAAUUAAGAAAACCGACCGCAAUGAGCUGCAUGUUUUCUCCGUGUACCCUGGGGAGCUAGUGGGCGAGCUUGCUGUCUUAACAGGAGAGGCUAGCUCGUAUACUAUACGAGCGAAACACCAUACUCGAGUUUCGUUUAUUCGUCGUGAUAUCAUAUAUAAUAAAAUUAUGCGGGAACGACCGAAUAUCAUCUUAGAGUUAGCAAACAGUGCUAUACGCCGCAUCUCGCCAUUAGUUCGCCAGUGCGAUUACGCCCUUGACUGGAUAUUCCUAGAGUCUGGACGAGCCGUUUAUAGACAAGAUGAAAAUAGCGAUAGUACUUACAUAGUGUUAAGUGGUCGUAUGCGAUCAGUGAUUACGCAAGCAAGUGGUAAGAAGGAGAUAGUUGGAGAGUACGGCAAAGGGGAUUUAGUUGGAAUUGUUGAAAUGAUAACAUCAACUUCCCGCACGACAACUGUAAUGGCUGUACGUGAUUCUGAAAUUGCAAAACUCCCAGAGGGAUUGUUUAAUGCUAUAAAACUACGUUAUCCAAUAGUUGUAACAAAAUUGAUUAGUCUAUUAAGCCACCGAAUUUUGGGUAGCAUGCAAUCAAAGCCCGGCGCUACAACGCUUGAAGCAAACCCAGUCACACAUAAAUUUUCCACUGUAGCAUUGGUUCCAGUUGGCGACGAUGUUCCACUUACUGCUUUCACUUAUGAACUGUAUCAUUCGCUAUGUGCCAUUGGACCUACAUUACGUCUCACAUCUGACGUAGUGCGUAAGGCAUUAGGACCAACCAUAUUGGAAUCCCAAAACGAGUACCGAUUAACAUCGUGGUUGGCUCAACAGGAGGAUAGGAACAUAAUUACAUUGUAUCAGUGCGAUAAUGCUCUUAGCGCUUGGACACAACGUUGUAUGCGUCAAGCUGACGUUAUUUUGAUUGUAGGAAUUGGUGAUAGAAGCACGAGCGUAGGCAAAUUCGAAAGGGAAAUUGACAGAUUGGCGAUGCGAACACAGAAAGAACUUGUUUUGUUACAUCCAGAAGCAACAAACGCGAAACCACAUAACACGAUACUAUGGUUGAACAUGCGCCCAUGGGUCACAAAUCACCAUCAUAUACAGUGUCCGAAACGAAUGUUUACGCGUAAGAGUCAGUACCGAAUUAACGAUCUUUACAGUCGAGUGCUGAUGUCCGAGCCUAACAUGCAUUCGGACUUUUCGAGAUUGGCCCGGUGGCUUACUGGUAAUUCAGUCGGAUUAGUUUUGGGAGGUGGUGGCGCUCGCGGAGCAGCUCAUAUAGGAAUGAUUAAAGCAAUGCAAGAGGCUGGUAUUCCCAUUGACAUGGUCGGAGGAGUGAGUAUCGGAGCAUUCAUGGGGGCAUUGUGGUGUGCAGAGAGAAACAUUACAACAGUUACACAGAAGGCCAGAGAGUGGUCAAAGAAAAUGACUCAAUGGGGUAGACAACUACUAGAUUUAACAUAUCCAAUUACGUCUAUGUUUUCGGGACGUGAAUUCAACCAAACAAUUCGCGAAACAUUCGGAGAUAUAUAUAUUGAAGACUUAUGGAUUCCAUAUUUCACACUUACAACUGAUAUAACAGCAAGUUGUUCUCGCACCCAUACGAACGGGUGUCUUUGGCGAUAUGUGCGGGCGAGUAUGACAAUAGCUGGAGUUUUACCUCCAUUUUGUGAUUACAAAGAUGGUCAUUUGUUAUUAGAUGGCUGUUACAUUAAUAAUGUGCCAGCCGACGUAAUGCGGAAUCUUGGUGCUGAGCACAUUAUAGCUGUGGACGUUGGUUCGCAAGAUGACACAGAUUUAACGAAUUACGGCGACGAUCUCUCCGGCUGGUGGUUACUCUACAAAAAAUGGAAUCCUUUUACAUCACCUGUCAAAGUACCUGAUUUACCAGAUAUCCAGUCACGAUUAGCUUAUGUAUCGUGUGUGCGGCAAUUAGAGAAAGUUAAAAAUUCUGAUUAUUGUGAAUAUAUUCGUCCUCCGAUUGAUAAAUACAAAACAUUGGCUUUUGGAAGUUUUGACGAAAUUCGUGAUGUUGGUUAUGUUCAUGGUAAAAAUUAUUUUGACACAAUGGCAAAGGCUGGACGUUUAGGACGGUUCAACCAAUGGUUUAGUAAACAGCCGCCACAAAAGCAAAUGCAUUCGUUAAGUGAAUACACUUUUGUUGACCUCGCACAAAUCGUCUGUAAAAUACCCGAAACGAAUCCCGAUAAGUAUUCAUUCAGUGAAGACGAAGAAUUCGACGGUUACAUAUCGGAACCAUCGACAUUCCAUUCGAACGCUCCGAAGUCACGAAUCAAACGUACAGGCGGUUCAUUGUCACUAUCCGAGAACGAAAUGGACGAUUCAGACGAGAUGGAAAUUCCUCUAUCGUUGAAUCUCGAUACAAAGAUGAAAAUAAAAAGCUUCACCGGAGAAUCACCCGACACCGAAUCGCCAACCACAACUGAUAUCAAUAAGUCAGCGUCUCAGUGUGAGGAUUUUACCGAGGAAGAAGACUCUGUUGACUGCUCGUGCUCUUACAAUAUGGAGAAAAUUAAAGAUUUGCCUAACGAUGCUAAGAAGGAUAAUAACGGUGAAAAAUCGAGUAGUUAAAAUAGACUUCAAAAGUGUUUUCUAAUAAUUUUAAAUUGAUUUGCUUUUUUUUUAUUUUUCGUUACCCUGAAAUGAAUGACAUAAAUAUAUAAGAUACAUGUGACUUAAUUCCAAAAAUUAUUUUUUCCUCUUCACUAUUUUUAGUUUUCCUUAAGCAAGUUGAAGGUCGCAACUGUUGAAAUAGGUAGUGCAACUUAACGCUUAGUGUAGUCUGAUAGAUGUAAUAACUGAUUGUAAAUACAUAUGGACAAUGUUGACAUGAAAAGACAGUCAUUCAGUCAUUCGACUCCUUUUCAACCUGAAUAACGACGUGAAAACCAAACUUCACUCCCAACAAUGCACAUCAUAACAUUAUACUCCGCAGGAUAUAUGAUUCCAAUUCAUAAUUGGCGAUAUCAUAUUUUACCUAGUCGUAUUACUAGUUGCCUAGAAUUUGAGUGCACAUGAAAAAAUAUUGAACGGUAUUAUUGGCCUGUAAUAAUUUCGAAAGAGAUGGCAUUCAAUCAACUCGUAUGAUAAAUUAGUUUUAAGCGAUAUAAAUAUAUUUUUUACGAGUAUUUAACUGAUAGUAGACUAUAAAUUUAUACGCAUUAGCCAACAAAUUGACAUACCGCUCAUUACAAUUUUCAUUUUAAAUUCAAGUUUAUUGGUAGCGUUCAAAGAUUCGCCCGACAAGGCAUUAACGAAUGUAUUAUUUGUGGGAUAUGAAGCUAUAAAAUAGAAAUUUGAUUACAAAGUACUGAUACUUCGAGAAAGAUAGAUAAAUAUCAAUGUUUAAUUGUACAUACAAUAAUAUAAACAUAAUUUUUGUGAAUAUUCAUUUAGUAUAUAAUUUCUAAAACAUUUUGUUUGUAGAAAGACAAACUUUGGAUUAGUUGGAAUAAAACAGACUUUGCAUAACGAA